AUGCAUUCUUGGGCCUCCUCACUGAGAAAAACCACAGCCCGGAUCCGAGUUUGUUCCGACAGCCCGAUCCCUUCCUCGUUUUCCUCAAAACCGAAAGCCCCGCUUUCUCCGAGAUCUUCAAGAAAGAGCAAGAGUGAACAUUAUUAUCACGAUGACUAUAGGAAGAGCCGUAAAAGUGAAUAUUCCACGUUCUUUGAUUCACUUUUGAGAUCGGUUUCUUAUGGAGCAAUCGUCUUUGGUUCGAGCCUAAGCCUCAUGUGUUGUUCGUCUUCUUCGUUCGGUGAUUCUCGCGUGGCUUAUGCCGACUCGGGAAGUCAUCAGACGAAAGAGCCAGAGAAAAAAACGAGCUUCUUGUUCAAUGAUACCUAUAGGAGAAAAGUUUUUUUCAAGUAUGAAAAACGCAUACGGACACGAAGCCCUCCUGAAAAGGUGUUUGAGUACUUCGCAUCGUUCAAGACGCCUGAAGGUGAGAGAUACAUGACCCCGGCUGAUUUGAUGAGAGCAAUGAUUCCCGUUUUCCCACCAUCUGAAGCAGAUGCCGUUAGAGGAGGUUACCUCGAAGGCGAACAUGUUAUCAGCGACCUACAUUGUCCUCCUUCUCGCUUCUUUAAGUUGUUCGACAUGGACAAUGAUGGCCUUAUAUCGUUUCCAGAGUAUAUUUUCUUCGUUACGAUACUGAGCAUACCGGAAUCGAGCUUUUCUAUCGCAUUUAAAAUGUUCGACCUUGAUAAUGAUGGAAGCGUAGAAAGAGACGAGUUCAGGAAGGUGAUGUCACUCAUGCGAACCCAAAACCGACAAGGUGCCUCCCAUAGAGACGGUAAGAGAAUCGGCCUAAAAGUCUCGGGAUCUGUAGAGGAUGGCGGCCUACUCGAGCACUUCUUUGGACGAGAUGGAAAUCAACGCCUUGAUCACGACAAGUUUGUCCAAUUCUUACGAGACUUGCACGACGAGAUGUUGAGGUUGGAAUUCGCGCACUACGAUUACAAGUCGUGUGGGAACAUCUCGGCAAAGGAUUUUAUCCUGUCAAUGGUGGCGUCUGCCGACAUGAGGUACAUAAACAGAUUUCUCGACCAAGCGGAAGAGCUAAAAAACGAGCCGUCUCUAAGGGACCUACGCAUCACGUUUGAGGAGUUCAAGAAUUUCGCCGACCUCCGGAGGAGAUUGGAGCCGUUUUCUCUGGCCCUCUUCAGCUACGGCAAGGUCAACGGCCUCCUCUCGAAACAGGACUUCAAAAGAGCAGCCGAACGAGUUUGCGGCAUUUUGCUCAGCGAUAAAGUGGUGGAUUUGGUGUUCUACGUGUUUGAUGCUGACCGGGAUGGGAGUUUGAGCUCGGACGAGUUCCUGAGAGUGCUCGAGAGAAGGGAAAUGGACAUCUCGAAGCCGCGGGAGGGAGGAUUAGCCGGCUUGAUAUCUUGCUGGUUGGACUGCUCAAAGAAUUGUUCUUCAAAGAAGAAGUUAAUCUGA